GAGUUAACCAAGCAGCUGGACGAGGUGACCCAGAACUCAGAGAUUGUGGAGAUCCGUCAGAAGGAAGCUGAAUGUGAACUGGAGGCGGCCAGAGAUCGAGUUCAGCAGCAAGCGACUGAAAUACUGCUCAAAGCCAGUCAGAUCAGCAGCCUGCAGGCCACCCAGAUGACCCAGGAAGCCGCCAUCAGGGACCUGGACAACGAGCGCAGCCGGCUGAAGGACAAAGUGCUGAGGAUGGAAGAAGAGAGGGAGGCGCUGCACAGCCAGAGCCAAGCGCUGGAGGACAGGCAAAAGCAACAGAUCCAGUGCAUGGAGAAGGUACCCCUCUGCGACGAGAAGGCGUCCCACGAGAAAGAAAUGAGCAGCGUUCGCGGCCGAUACGAAGACGACGCCAGCCAGAUGAAGGAGAGCCAGGCUCGAGCUCUGGAAGAAGUGGCCAAGAAACACAGAGCGACCCUGGAGAACGCUCUGAACACCGCCGAGAGGGAGAAGAACCGCCUGCUGGCUGAGUUGGAGCAGCAGUUUGAGAAGGAGCGCCUCUCACUGGAGGAGGAGAAGACGCUCCUCAACCAGCAGCUGGACGAGAUGAGGGAGGAGCUGACAUCCAAACUCACUGCAGCCAAUGAGGAGGUGUCUCGGCUGCAGGAGGAGGUGCAGCAGGGCGAACAGGACAUCGGAACCGCCGAAGGACAGAUCUCCACGCUGAAGGAGGCGCAGGACAAACUGCUGGAGGAGUUGGACGCGACCAGAGCUCGACUGAGAGAGACGAGCAACCUGCUGACUGCACUGCAGGGCGAGCUGGAAAUCCAAAAGCGUCAACAUGAAGCCAAACUCAUCACUACCAAAGAAGAGGAGAAACUCAAAAUGGACAAGAUGGCCCUCGAACUGGAGCUGAAAUGGACCGAAACCCUCAGGCAGGAGUGUAAGAAGCUUCGUGAGGAGCUGAGAGAGGAGCACGAGGAGGACAAGGCCUCAGCUUUAGCUCAGCUGGCACAGAACAAGGAGCAGGAACUGAGCAACGCCAGGGAGAGCUGGCAGAGGAAGGUGGAGGACCUGCUGGAACAGAUCUCCUUGUUGAAGCAGAGUCUGGAGAUGCAGCUGUCCCAGUCGCAGUCGUCGCUGCAGCAGCUGCAGCACCAGUUCAGCCAGGAGAGGGAGCACCUGAGGAUGCAGCUGGACGAGCUGCAGACGGAGCACCAGAGGCGACAGCAGCGUCUGCAGGAGGCUCAAUGCUGCGCCAUGCAGGACAUGGAGCACGCCAGGCAGCGGGACCUGAAGGACCUGGAGGAGCGUCUGCGCCACCAUAACCACGCAGAGCUGCAGUCCAUCAGAGAUUCUCACCGUCAGAGCAUCGAGACGCUCAAACAGCAGUCGGAACAAGAGCUGCAGACGCUUCGCUUCGAGCUGGAGGACGAAGGCAAAGCCAUGCUGG